AUGCGGUUACUCAAGACAGAAACUCUAGAGUUCGUGGACUUCACUCGUCCGCCACCACGAUAUGCGAUCUUGAGCCAUCGAUGGGGCAAGGAAGAAGUUUCUUAUGCCGACUUUGCUUCCAAAGAGAGAGAAGAUUGUCCUGGCUGGACCAAGAUCAUCAGAUGCUGUCAGAUGACCAGAGAGCGAAAGUAUCAGUAUGUCUGGAUUGACACUUGCUGCAUCGACAAGCGCAGCAGUGCCGAGCUGUCAGAGGCAAUCAACUCGAUGUGGGACUGGUACUCGCAAGCCGCAGAGUGCAUUGCUUAUCUAUCAGACGUACACUGGUCGUCGGACUGGGCGCAUAUGUUGGAGAGAUUCGAGCGCAGUGAGUGGUUUCGCCGUGGCUGGACACUCCAGGAGCUUCUGGCGCCCCGAAUCGUGAUCUUCUAUUCUUCCGAUUGGCGCGAGAUCGGCGGGAAACGCGACGUGACGAUCCUACCAGUGAUCGUGAAAGCUACGGCUAUACCUGAGAGCUGCUUGAUGGCUGGCAUGAUCAUACAUACGAAGUGUGUUGCCGAGAGGCUGAGCUGGGCCUCUAAGCGGAGGACUACUAGACCAGAGGAUAUGGCUUAUAGUCUACUUGGUCUCAUGGGAGUGAAUAUGCCUCUGCUGUAUGGCGAGGGCUCUAGGGCCUUCUUACGACUCCAACAAGAACUCGUGCGGCAGGUUGAUGAUGAGUCCAUCUUCGCAUGGCGUCAUAUCUCGCCACCAGCCGGUCUGAUGUCUGGCAUACUCGCACCUGAUAUCAGCCUUUUUGCUACUUCAGCCGGUAUCAGGACACUGCGCAACGACAGGGCUCCCAUCGCCAUAACAAACAAAGGUCUACAGAUACAAAGUGCAGCAACCUACGUCAAGCAUGCCGAGAUUGCUGACCUUUACGUGUUUCAGCUGAACUGUGAAUAUCCAAUGGGGCUGGAAGCUGGCACCUUGCAACAUGCUCGUUGCAGUAUCGCUAUACGUACAGACGACAAUGGGCAGUGGUGCCGUGUGCUCACUUCACGCCUUGGAGAGCAUCUGGAGCUAAUGUUUCCGGGGCUGGAGAAGGAAGAGUUUUCUCAGUUAACAUUCUUCAUACGGCUUUCCCGAUGGGAUAAUGUCUACCAGCCAGUGCUGUCGUUGUUGAACAAGGCCAGAUUGGCGUGGCGCAGCAAGCGAGCAGAUACUUGGUUCCUAACUGAGCUACCACGUGCAGCAUGA